AUACAAUGUUAUAUGCGAUCAGUAAUAAAGUUGUGUGCGUAUCGCUUGCACUAUAUUUUCCGUUAUCUAUAAAAAUGGCGAAAGUCUUCAUUGGACAAAUAAUUCAUACUAAAUCAUUUGACGAUUUUAUUUUAUAUACAAAGGGUUUUGUAGUUGUCGAAGCCAAUGGUCAGAUCGUUGCAGUGGGUGAUGACUUCAAUCGAUAUUCAUCAACCAAUGCUUUUCCAACCAACAUUGAAUUUAUAAAUUUGACUAAAGAAGAAUUUUUAAUGCCUGGUUUAGUGGAUUGCCAUAUCCAUGCUCCUCAAAUGGCUCAGAUUGGUUUAGGCUUAGAUAUGCCUUUGUUGGACUGGUUAAAUUUGUAUACUUUUCCCUUAGAAGCCAAAUUUUCUGAUAAUGGUUUUGCAGCUAAAGUAUAUAAGAAAGUAGUGGAAGACACAAUUAAAAAUGGUACAACUUUGGCCUGCUAUUUUGGCACCAACCAUAGAAUGGCCACUUUAAUUUUGGCCAAAGAGGCAUUAAAACAAGGGCAAAGAGCUUUCGUGGGUAAAGUAUGCUCAGACUGCAAUAUUCCAGACUUUUAUGUAGAAACUACCGAUGCAUCAUUAGAAUCUACCAAGAUAUUUGUUGACGAUAUUAAUAAAUUAGGCAGCAGUUUAAUUCGUCCUAUUAUAACACCUCGUUUUGCCUUAAGCUGCUCAAAAGAGCUUAUGAUUGGCUUAGGAGAUAUGGCCAAAAAAUAUAAUUUACAUAUACAGAGUCAUAUCAGCGAAAACCUGUUAGAAAUUGAACAUGUUAAAAAGUCGUUUUCAACAUCAUACGCCGAAGCGUAUGACUGUGCAGGAUUAUUAACUGACAAGACCAUUUUAGCCCACGGCGUUCACCUAGAGGAUGAAGAAAUGGGUUUAUUACAAAAGAGGGGCACUUCUAUAGCUCAUUGUCCGGCUUCCAACACAAUGUUGCGUUCCGGUCUUUGCGAUGUGAAACGUCUAAUUAACCAGGGCAUUAAAGUGGGCUUGGGAACAGACGUAUCCGGUGGUAAUUCCCCGUCUUUACAGGAUGCAAUUUUGCGUACAAUAGAUGUGUCUCAUCAUUUGGAAUUUAUCAAAAAGCAAGAAAUCAAAGGAACUGGCAAAAUAACGAAUGCUGUGGGUGAUAAUACCAAAUACGAGCCAAUUGAUUUUAAACAAGCUAUAUAUCUGGCAACUUUAGGUGGAGCCGCUGCUUUAGCAAUGGGUGAAAUCACCGGUAAUUUCGUUGUCGGUAAACAAUUUGAUGCUUUACUUAUUGAUACCAGCAAAGAGCCGUUGCAUAAUUUCGGUUGUUAUAGUGAUGAUUACGAGAAGAAACCAGAUGAACUUAAACUAUUAGAAAUGGUGCAAAAAUUCAUUUACGUUGGAGACGAUCGCAACAUACAGAGAGUUUACGUUGCCGGCAAGCAAAUAAAGUGACUCUUAAUAUUUUGAUUACUUUAUGUACGUGAAUAUACAUGUAUAAAUACAAUACUUUCAAAACUUAAUUGUUUUUAAGAUUUAAAAUAAGAAAUAAAAAGAAUU